AUGAUCCAACCUCAGAGCACUCUGUUCCGCCGUCGUGAGGGCGGCGCCGAUAAUGAUGGGGCAUUUAGCUCUCCGUCCUCUUCCCCCGCCCCGUACCAGACGCGUCCCGGGGCGGCAGCUUCCGCUCCAGUGCGUGCAGACGCCUCGCAGGAGCAGGAGAACGACGUUCUCAUGCAGGCCCUGUUGUCUGACAUGCGCAGGGCCAAGAAGAGCUUUACUAGGAUGGGCGAUGAGGUGCGAGAGCAGAACGCGGUGCUGGAGCGACUGCGCGCCUCCUUCCUGACUGCGCAGAACUCCCUUCGCCAAACGAUGCGGCACCUGGACAAGGUAGGCUGGGGAGGCUUCAAACACAUGUGGGCGCUGGCGCUCUUUGUGAUUGUCUUUUUCAUGCUGCUCUACUUGAUGCUUCGCUUUCGGUAA